GCAGGUGCAGCAGCAGGUGGAUCAGGAGGAACAUGAAGAACAUGGACGUGUCUUCUCUGAGGGAACAGUACAGGAACAGCAGAGACUGUCAGAGGAAACACACUCAGGUGUUGCUCUUCAACACAGUGUCAGUGUCAGAGGAGCUCUCAGACACUGUCAGUAUCGUCCCUGUCACUCAGGGUUUGACGUCGUCGCCUUCAGAAAACACCUUCAUCGCUCCUCUUGACCUCACAACCUUUGACCCCUGGCACAUACACCUGGAUCACCACCGCCGCUCCUGCUCUGGCGUCAACGCGCCUUUACCCCCGACCUGUUCCCCACACACCAGCAUCAGCUGCUGGUCCAGGCGCUCUUCUUCUUCAUCACCGUCAUCAUCAUCUUCUUCCUAUGAAUUGUCAGAUUCUCCCUGCAGCACCAGAGAAGAUGAACACAGACCCAGUACAGAGCCAGUCUUGGCUUCUCUCGACCCCUGUCAACAGAAUCCAUGUGUCUGGUCCACAGGAGGCCACGCCCCGGACGCUCUGACCUGUGCUGAUGUCACACCUGUAGCCUGUAGCUCCCCCUGCAGUUCCACCUCUGCCCUGCACGCUGACCUGAAGAGCCAGGCCACAGUUUUAAAGACCAGAACCAGCAGGAGCUCCAGGCAGAUGAAGAUCAUCAGGCAGCAGAGUGUGGGCACUGAGGGCUCGUCCUCCUGGGUCCACCUGAGCCAGAGCCAGAGCCAGAGCCAGAGCCAGGUCCAGGUCCAGGUCCAGGUCCAGGUCCAGGUCCAGAACCAGAACCAGAACCAGAACCAGAGCUACUACCCAUUCCCCAGCAGGAAAACACAGAGGAUCUCAGAGACGGCGAGGAAACUGGGCAUGUACUCGUCCUUCUGACUGUCAAAAUAAAAGUCUUCAUUUCCACUUCUCGCAGGAAACAUCAGUGACUGAUGUCCAGUGACAACAUGAAGACCAGGAUCUGGAUUCAGGAUUAGUUUCAUAGAAGGAGUGAUGAGAGUCUGACACUGUGAACUUAAUCUUUAACAUGAAUUAACAAAACAAGAUACAUAUGUAUGUCAAAUCAUUCAAUAAAUGCGAAAUAUAUAUAUUAUAAAUUUA